GGCUGGUUUUACACACCGAAGGACACCGACAUGAACUCCUAUGAAGUUCUGUGUGGGCUAACAUGAACAGCAGGCUCCUCUGUACAGUAACGGGAACAGAUUGUCAUUAAAACAGAAGUUUAAAAUCUCGGUUAAUUAAAAUGGUGUCCAAAUCAACAGCAGCAGCAGCAGCGGGGUGUUUAACAUGGAGGCUGUUCGGUCCGUUUACCCUCCACGCUCCUCUGCGCCCUCACAGCUUAAUAUCAGCAGUGAACAGACGGCAGUGCAGCUCCGAACAGGCAACCCAGCAGGACGAACCACCAAAGAGAUCCACAUUCAGGCCAGUAGCCACCUCCACGCACGACUGGAUCGGCCCACCGAACCCUCUUUCCAACCUGCGGCCAAUCGUUUACCACGUCCCCGCGAACGAAACAGAGCUGGAGAAACGGCUGCGACACCUGAGGCAGGAGACCGAGGACUGGAACCACGACUUCUGGGCCAAGCAGAACAUCACCUUCAGCAAGGAAAAAGAUACUUUCAUCAUUUCAGAACUGAACGCUAAAGGCUUGAGUCUGCGUGAUGAGCAAGGACGACGGCGGUCCCUGAACAGUGAAGAAAUGGCCGUGUUUUACAAAAGCUUCCUGGACAGAAACAGAAUACGACAUGCAAAUUAUAACAAUGAAUGGUACCGACGUAACUUCACCAUCACCUUGCUCAUGGCCCGAGUCUCCCUAAAGAACAUGUGGAGGACUGUUACUAAUCGACACAGCGGCAAGAAAAACAGCACUCCUACCACCUGAUGAUGAGAAAUAAAAUAUUCACUCAACCCCACUCUAUGUACUGACAUAUAUUCACCGCUCACUUGGAGACAGACAAAAAGAUGAGCUGUUGAUUUGAUUUAUUUCUUAUAAUUGCACUGAAAAACAGUCGGAAAUCUUCCCAUCAGCAGGGUGUUCACUAGAAACUCUUUACUAUAAAACCCACAAUGGCUCAGACAGAGAUUUCCUAAUUGUUCUUAGACGAAUUAUUUCAACUUGUCUACUUGAUGGACAGGAUUACAAAUUAAUUUGAGAUUUACUGGUACGAUACAACUAUAACAACUCCAAAUCUUUGCAAGGGUGUAUUUUCAACUUUGCUCAAGAUAAUGUCUUAUGGCUCUAUUGAGUUCCUGUCUGUGGAGGCAGAAUGAAUGUGGAGAAAUUUACAUUUCUGUCUGUUUUGUGUCAGAUUUCUCUGUGUUCGUGCUGCUCAGUCACUUAUACAAUGCACCAGAGAAAAGACACCGAGAAACUUUCACCAUUGAUUGGUAAAAUGUCUGUCGGUUAAUUCAUAUCACACAAACCACAAAACUUCAAAAAGUUUCUCUUCUGAAAAAUGUGGGGUCAUUGACAUACGAUAAAUAAAUGUACAGGAAUGCCAGAUUUUGUAAAACUACAGAAAUUAAUACUGAAAUGUUGGAUAAUAACCACAGUGGUGGAAAAUAAUUAAGUACAUUUACUUAAGUACUGUAUUUAGCCACAACUUUGCUGUACUUUACUUAAGUAUUUUCAUUUUCUUUACUUAUCUGACAGCUGUAAGUAACUAUUAUCUAAUUUGUACAUACAAAUAUUAUGUUUUGCUAUAAAUUACCCAACAGUUUAUACAUCUUAGUACAUCUAAAACGAAUAAUUGAUUGACAAAAUUAAUGGGUAACUGUUUUGACAAUAAUAAAACAUUUAAUGGUUUUGGCUUCACAAA